AUGGCGCGCAUGAGCACGUCGGAAGGCGGCCCGCUGGAGGCAGAGGGCCCCCCCCGGAUCCGCGCGAGCCCCGUGGAGUCCGUCCUGGGCUGCUUCAAGUUGCCCUCCUGCUACAACUGCAGCCGCGUGGACCUGGAGCUGCGCGCGCGCUACCCCUGGGUGGCCGACAGCGACAAGAGCGGGAUCGAAUCCGUCGACGACGCCAUCUUCCGGGCCUCCGACACCGCGGGGCCGGCGACGCCGUCCGUGAACUCCCUGGGCUCCGGGUCGCUGUCCUCCGCGGCGCAGGUGAUGCCCAAGCUCCUGGGCCCGGAGGACUGGCCGGUGCGCCAGCCGGCCUUCCCAUGGGAGGGCUUCCCGCCGGCGCUGAUAUUCGACGAAGGCACCCCAGUUCGGACCGCCCCACCGGUGCUCGACCUCAGCGGAGCGUCGGAGAUCGAGGAGUGCCCAUCGACGCCUCCCAUCGCCGACGCCCCCCCCGCCGCCCCCUCCCCGACGAACGGGGCCGCCCCCUCGCCGUCUCCCCGCGCCAUGCGGCAGCCCCGGGCCAUCAGGACCGGACGGACGUGGAUCGAAUCGACGGAGUCGUCCGCGGGCGCUUGUCGCGUCGGAGGAUCGACCAGGGCCCGAGGAGACGAGCCUUCCGUCCGCGACGGCGCAGCGCGGCGCGAUCACAAGGGCGGAAGUCGGUCGACGGAAGGCGGUUCGGGAAGGCAGAUGAUCAAGGGCGCCAGCCAGACGGUAGAACUGGGGCCGGUGCUGCCGGACGGGGACCGGUUCGACCCCUUGUACGGGGCGGACCGCAGGGCGCCGCUGCCAGCCAAGUCGGUGAAACUGUUCGUCAAGCACGACCACAAGCCCACGUGGCCUCACCCCGCCCCCCCCUCCGAGGCCUCCGCGCUGUACAUGACGCGCCGCAAGAAUAAGCACCCCAACCUCCAAGUCCAGAUCCAGGCCCAGGGGCCCAGCAGGUGGGUGUCUGAGGUCAGACGGGCGGAAAAGAACAUCAGGCGCACGCUGGCCAUCGAGGCCGGGGGCGAGGAUGCCGGCCGCCAGUCGCGAGACAGGGACCGCACCGGACGGGAUGCCGAGCGCGCGACGGAGGCCGCGGCUGGGGCCGCCCGGCCGCGCGGCAGGAAGUGCGAGAGCCUGGACGUGCGGCGGACGUGCGACGUGAUCGACAGCUCCAAGUCGCUGCACACGCUGCUGGCAGCGAUGGACAUCGCCAAGGCCGUGGCGUCCAGCCGGUGCUCGACGGCAUGCGCCGCGCUGGGCGCCGUGCAGAUCCCGGGCGCCCGGGGGCAGCGGCCCAACGAGGGCCCGCGGCGCGAGUUCGACCUGGCCAGGGUCCUGCAGGCCCGGCCGCCGGGCCCCAGGGCCCCGGCUCCGUUCCCUCAAGCCCAGGAGCGCUUGUCUUGUUGA